AUGACAACUGAGAAACGAUUAUUCGUGGGAAAUAUCUUCAAUGAUCCAGAGGGUAGCUUGAAAGAGCUUUAUCAUCGAUUCCAAAGGUUCGGAAAAUGUAUUUCUACCGAAUUCGAGAGAUACGAUCACUUUGGAUAUAUUGAUAUGGAGUUCGAUAAUGAAGCCGCAUUUCUCAAACUUAAGCAAAGCUUCAACGGUGUAAAGUUCAAAGGUAAUGCUUUGAAAGUUGAUAUUGCAAAAAUGGGAUGGAAGGAAAGGUGGGAAAUGGAACAAGAACAGGGCCAGCGUGUGGAACAAGUCAAGGAGAAACAGAUCAGAAAGAGCCAGUGGGAACAUUUCAAGAAGCUGGAAAACAUCAAUAUGAGCUGGACAGACAGGCAGCAACUGAUAGCUGGGAGAUUGCGGCGUACGCCUAGAGGCAGAGCGCAGCUCCGCAACAUAACUUUCCGUGUCAACCAAGAUGGCGAACUAAAAGUGUACAAAUGUCGCAAAAACAAGCUUUGGGGAUAUGAAAGAAAAAAGGGCCCAAGGGACUUGGUUUGCAAGUUUACGGACCAUCAUUACUGGCGAGAUGGAAAUGAUCACAUCGUUGAUAGACUGGAUUACUCUAGAGCAGCACCGCAUUGGGGACCUCGUAGGGAUACUAAUAUUCAAACUACUGAAGAUGAUCAUUCCGAGGAAGAAUCCUUCGAAAAAGACAAAACAAAAGACGUGCUGGCUAAUAUCUUAGGCAAUUUCGAUUUUGAUAAGCCCUUAGCGCUAGAGGAAGAUGAGGGAGAGGAUGCAGCAUCAGACUACGAGUACAAUGCACUCUUUGAGGGCAACGAAGCUAGUGGUAGGAAAACUGAAGUUGCGGCCCAACCUGCCGCUGAGAAGUCCCCCGAAGCCUCUGAAGAUGAGGGACAGGAAGAAUUUAUACCCACGUUUGCACCUGCUGGCACUGAAGCUGAAAGCUCCACUGGCGGUGAAAACAAUGUGGAGAAAUUAAGAUCUUUGUUCAAUCCUGGACACCAAGGUGCUGAUUUUAGGCUCAUAGACGAGUCAGAUGAAGAUAUUGAUAAUGAAAAAAGUGUACCACAAACAGACGUACCGUAUGAAGAGGAGGAGCUUGUUUUGGAGACCCAUGUUGACGCGGAGGCACCAACACACAGUUCAAAAGGUCUUUUUUUCCCUCAUUUUACGUCUCCAUUCCUGCAUUCUCAAUCGCAAUUGGCAAAGCUCAAACCACCAACAGAUCACCAAGAACUCUUCUCCAAUUGGGAGAAUCACUACUGGGAGAAUAGAGCCGCUUGGACUAAAGAAAUGAAAAGUAAAAAAAGGGAUGCUAUAAGGCAGCUGAAAAGAAAGAACUUCAAAGCGAAAGGUAAUGGAAUUUUGAUUUGA